GGGGCCAGAAGGUCCUUUGGGGUGGAGACACAAGAGUCCAUUUCCAAUGGGUACUAGGAGAGGCUGCUCUCCUGACCGUCAUAAGGAAGUAGGUGUGACUGGCUUGCUGGGGAAAACCCUGCCUGUCCCUCCCAGCAGCAAGCUUCUACAAGCAGCUCACAGUUGGCUCUGCCAUCGAGCCUGCUAUGAUGUCUCGGGACAAGGACCACCCGGGCCCUAAGUACAUAGGCCUUUGGGACUUCAAGGCGCGAGCAGAUAAUGAACUGAGCUUUCAGGCGGGAGACCUCCUGCAUGUCACCAGGAAGGAGGAAAAGUGGUGGUGGGCCACCCUGCUGGAUGCGGCAGGCAAGGCCUUGGCUGAGGGCUAUGUGCCCCAUGAUUACCUGGCUGAGAAGGAAACUGUGGAGUCUGAGCCGUGGUUCUUUGGUUGCAUCUCUCGCUUGGAGGCCAUGGAGAGGCUGCAGGCUGAGGACAACUCAAAGGGAGCCUUCCUGGUCAGAGUCAGCAAGAAGCCAGGAGCAGACUAUGUCCUUUCUGUGCGGGACGCUCAGGCCGUGCGACAUUACAGGAUCUGGAGGGAUGACGUGGGCUGGCUGCACCUGAAUGAGGCGGUGUCCUUUCCUGGCCUGUCUGAGCUUGUGGACUACCACAAGACCCAGAGCCUGUCCCACGGCCUGAAACUGACCAUACCCUGCUGUAAGCAAAAAUCUGAGCCCUUGCCCCACUGGGAUGACUGGGAGAGGCCAAGAGAGGAGUUCACGCUCUGUAAGAAGCUGGGGGCUGGCUACUUUGGGGAGGUCUUCGAAGGGCUCUGGAAAGACCAGAUCCGUGUGGCUGUGAAGGUGAUCUCUAGAGACAACCUUCUACACCAGCACACCUUCCAGUCUGAGAUCCAGGCCAUGAAGAAGCUGCGGCACAAACACAUCCUGGCACUGUACGCUGUGGCAUCUGCAGGGGAUCCCGUCUACAUCAUCACGGAGCUCAUGCCCAAGGGGAAUCUGCUGCAGUUAUUGCGGGACUCUGGUGAGAAAGCCCCGCCUAUUUCGGAACUGCUGGACUUUGCAUCACAGGUUGCUGAGGGCAUGUGCUACCUGGAAUCUCAGAAUUACAUCCACCGUGACCUGGCUGCUAGGAAUGUUCUUGUUACAGGGAACAAUCUCUGCAAAGUGGGGGACUUCGGGCUGGCCAGGCUUGUCAAGGAGGACAUCUACCUUUCCCACAACCACAACGUCCCCUAUAAAUGGACAGCACCUGAGGCACUCUCCCGAGGGCAUUACUCCAUCAAAUCUGACGUCUGGUCUUUUGGGAUUCUCCUCUAUGAAAUUUUCAGCAAGGGGCUGGUGCCCUAUCCAGGCAUGUCCAAUCAUGAGGCCUUCCUGAAGGUGAAUGCCGGCUACCGCAUGCCAUGCCCCCAGGAUUGCCCACCCAACAUGCACAAGCUCAUGCUCGGCUGCUGGAGCCCAGACCCCAAACAGAGGCCUUGCUUCAAAGCCCUGUGUGAGAAGCUCUCUGACACCAGCUGGUAUGAGAACCUGGUCUGAGCUCCUUGAAUGUAGCCAGGACCCAUGGAAGAGGGGCUUCUUGAUUAUCCUGGAUCUCCACCGAAGCUGUGCACCAUCAAUCAGCUUGCCAAGAUGAAGGAAUAGCAAACAUACCAAGCAUACCUCAGAUACUCCAUGCUGUAAAGGGAAGAGUGAAGAGGGAGCCAUAUUCCUUUCCCAAAUAUCCUCUUCUGGGAGAUAGUCCACAAAAUCCAAGAGGCCAUCCUGGCUUCUUCCUCCCUUCUCCUGUGAAGACCUCAUGUGAUGGAGAAGCCAAGAAGGGUCUCAGCAACAGGCCUGUGGAGUUCUUGGCAGCAUAUCCCUUCCAGAGUGUACCUGUCCUUGGCCACUCCUCUGCUCAGCUGUCCACACACUCCCCACCCCUUGGCACUUUAAUUCUGCAGACUCUUGUGUCACAGAGCAAGUUUUGGAGCUUCAGGUCCUUUCCCUUCAGAGACAGCUGCUUCUGUCCUGAGCUCACGAGACAGAACACCCUUUGUAGAAAACCACUGACUUCAUGCUCUGCCCUGUCCUCCGUUCUCCACUUUCUCUUUGGACCUGAGUCUUCCCAGAUGGUUCUGGCCCAAAGCUUCUCUCCCCAGGUCUCCAGUGUUCUGAAGCCCAGCUGGACUAUCUGCUCUCUGUGUCAGCUCCUUAUAUGCUUGGACAUUGGGGCCCCAGUUCUCAGGGGGUGAGAGUACCCCAAAAGCAUCUACAGGAGGAUGCCUUCCUUACUGCAAGUGGGUAUAACCCUCUCAGCACAAACCUACCAGCUGUUUCCAGACUGACCUCUCAAGACGGGUGAACGUGCCCCAGCCUCCCCUGAGGAAAUGUUCUCUCUGAAUCCAAGAGAUGACACUGUCUGUGCUACUUCCUAUAAAGUCAAACUGUCUUUUGAAAAUACAGUCCUCAGCUGAACGGUGGUGCACACCUUUAAUCCCAGCACUUGGGAGGCAGAGGUUGGCAGAUCUCUCUGAGUUAGAGGCCAGCUUGGUUUACAUAAUGAGUUCCAAGACAGCCAGAGCUACAUAGAGAGACCGUCUCAAAACAAAACAUAACCCCAUAAAAACAAAAACAUCAAAAUAAAAAACAAAACCAAACCUUGUUUAGACUGGUCUAGAGAUGAAUGCUCAUUAAAUAUUCCUAAGUCCUCUCAGAAGUAUAGAAACAAGAUCAGAUAUUCUUAAACAUCAUGAUUUAGAAUAAUCUUUAAGAAUGUUGGUAAAGGCCGGGUGGUGAUGUCACAUGCCUUUAAUCCCAGCAUUUGGGAGGCAGAGGCAGGCGGAUCUCUGAGAGUUUGAGGACAGCGUGGUCUACAAAACGAGUUCCAGAAGCUCCAAAGCUACACAGAGAAACCCUGUCUCAAAAAAAAAAGUGUUGGUAAAAUAAAAACAGGUAUGUUCUCGGGUGUGUCAGCACUGAGUAUGUAUGUUCUUAGCUGUGUCAGCACUGAUAUGAUAUAAUGUUCUCAGGUGUGUCAGCACUGAGUAUGUCUAUUCUUACGUGUGUCAGCACUGAUAUGAUAUAAUGUUCUCAGGUGUGUCAGCACUGAUAUGAUAUAGUCUAGUUAGUGACUCUCAACCUUCCUAAUGCUGGGAUCCUUCAAUACAGUUACUCAUGUCACAGUGACCCCAACCAUAAAAUUAUUUUUGUUGCUACUUCAUAACUGCAACCUUGCUUCUGUUAUGAGUCAUAAUGUAAAUACUUUUGGAGGCAAAAGUUUAAUAAGGGGGUCACGACCCAGAGGUUAAAAAUCAUUGAACUAGGAUAGGCUGUUCCCCCCACCCCCAGGGUUUAAAGAAGUUUGUUAAUUCUACUGGGUAUUUAAAAUGCUGAAGCCAGAAAUGGAAGCCAAGAGCACCAUACAGAAGGACAUGACAGGGUAGUCUUUGCUUCUGUGGUGUCGGUGACAUUUGUUUGAUUAGUCGAGAAGAACAACUUUGUGCUGAUACCUUGUGAGACCUCCAUGACCAUAACUGUUGAGUGGAUAGGAAUGUAAGCUGGGUAAAAGUUUAAAUAAACUUUCAACAAUAAAAGUCAUUUUACAACCUUAA